CGGCAGCAACAUGGAUACCAGUGCAACAACCAACACCAACAACAAAAUCAACAUAAGCAAUAACAAUGCGAUCAACGACAAAAACAACACCAGCUAUCCAUCGUCCGCAAUGCUGAGCCCAUCGCCAAGGCGGGGAACUAAGCGCAAAAUUACGGCAGUUGGUAAUGGGAUUUCUACAGCAAUACGGAAACGACGCAAACUCCAGAACGCAUCCAAGUCGGGUGAGUCGCGGAUGGAGCAGGUUCCGCAAACCAAAAACACAGUUGCAGUACUCAACGAGCUAAAGCGUAACCUGGUGUACAAAGUUGAAUCACAGACUGGGCCAGUCCAUGCGCCGCUCUUCACAAUAUCGGUAGUGGUUGACGGUCAAAAGUUCGUUGGAACCGGGCCGAGCAAAAAGUUGGCCCGCGUCGCAGCGGCGGCUUCCGCUUUGCACAGCUUCAUACAGUUCAAAGAUGGAGCAACACUAACACCGAUCGAACCGCUGCAAAACGUGGACUUUACUAGCGAUGAUCCGAUGAUCGAAAAUAGCAUCUUUCCACUGUCAGAUACCGUGCCCGGUAUGCAGGAAAAAAGUGUCACCGCUGGUGGAAAACCUGUGCCUGAAAACAUUACAGUCAAUUCAAACAACUCGCUACACAGUAACAACAACAACAACAACAACAGCAGCAGCAAAAGCCCAUAUAGCAAUAGCAGUUGCAUGAAUAACAGCAGCAUUAAGCCGAUUGCUGUCAACCGCCAGUGUGACUUUAGCGGUAAUAACACGGUACAUUCGCACACCAACACCAACAGCAGUAAAAGCGUCGUGGUGCUGCCCACCAACGGCAACAACUGGCAGCGAAAGGAAGUGAACGCUACCGGCAGCCUGCAUUCCAAUGCCGACAGUGAGAAGCAAUCGGCCCUAGAGAAGUCAUCAGCAGCAGCAGCAGCACCAACACCAUCCCCGGCAGCCAUCAGCACCAGUGCGAGCAGCGUACGAACGGCCCAGGCAGCAGCGUCCAGUAUCGUAACCAACAUUGCAGCUACUGGAACCACUUUCAACGACGGUUACGAAAAGUAUAUCAGAGGUAGUACUGGCGGUACCACUACUGUCACCGCUUCCACCACCGGUACCACCCUCAAAACUUCCAUCGCCGCCAUCAUUCCCCUAGAACCUAACCCAAACAUUCCGAAACCCACCAGCAACAGUAGCACGAGCGCUGCUGAUUCCAUCCACCAUCCGUGCGCCAAUAAGAACACCCAUACUAAUAAUCAUAAUAAUACCGCCACCAUCCUAAUGCUGCCGCUGGCCGGCUACGUAAUGUCAUCGAGCGAUCAGCUGCAAGCGAAUACACUUUGCACCACCAUCACCACCACCAGCACCGCCACCGUGGCCGACAAGCAUGACGUAAAGCCGCUACCGAGUGAGGCUGGUGCGUUGCGGACGCUAAAAGCGAAACACUCGAAAUCGACCACCGCCAGCAACGCGACACUGUCGGCUGCGAGCGAUUUGCAUCGCUUUGUCAACUAUCUCCAGUACGAUACGUUUAUGCUAAACGGCACGAAGGAGCAGCAACCGUGCCAUACCAACUAUUUUAACAAGUUCGGCCACUUUGACUCAUCCAUCAAUUCGUACCUGUCCCUGCGUAAUGAUCUCACCAACAUGAACACCAUCACCACCACCACCACCACCACAGCUACUAAACUGACCAGUAAAGCACUCGCAAAGGAUGAUUCGGCCAGGAAUAUUCCCACCAGUGACACUACCGUCGGUGGCGGUGUUGGUAAUGGGGGUGGUGGGGGUGGGGGUGGCGUCGGCGGCGGCGGCCUACCUACCACUAACACUAUUGCGAACGGUACCACUAAUCCGACGACCGCCAUUGUGAUCGUUACCUCGCCCACCGCCGUAAUUACGACCGCCGGCGAAAAGGGUUACAUGCGCGAUUGUCCGGGCUCCAACACGGUUAGCUAUCCCUUUCCCAACACUGCCAUCCCGCCCAACCUGAGUCCCUACGCACAAAACGGUCAUCGGCAAGUGGUUGAAAAAAUUCAACAGAGCUUAAACUUAUUUAAAAAUACGAAUGAAAAGGCUCUAGCAUGGAAGAAACGUUUCGAAAAGCUAAAAGUGUCGUCUGGCACCGCACUGCGCAACAGCGGGAAUGUUGCAUCCGGCCAUCACCCGAAACCGCAGCCGGAGAAAGGACCAGUGAUGCUUUUGCAUGAACUAUUUACCGAUGCCCAUUUCGAGUGUGUCUCGUCCGACGGUCUUCAGCAUUCGAAAUUCACUGUCGUCGUUACAGUCAAUGAUAAUCAGCGCUUCGAAGGUACCGGACCGUCGAAGAAGAUGGCGAAGAAUGCGGCGGCAAAGGCGGCACUCGCCUCGAUAUGCAACAUCUCGUUCAGCCCGCUGCAGCAGUCCAAGUUUGGGCUGAUAUCUGCCGGCACCAGCAAUGGUUCGAUCGGUGGCCCGAGCGGUGUCACGCUGAACGGCGAUAACAGUUUUACGCAGAACAAAAACUUCGAGCUACCGCAAACGUUCGCCGAUGCGGUGGGCAAACUGGUGAUCGAAAAGUUCAAUGAGGUGAUGAAGGGCAGCGACGUGUACAGCCGACGCAAGGUGCUGGCCGGGUUCGUCAUGACGCACGGGUACGACGUGAAAACGGCACGGGUAAUUUCACUCGCUACCGGUACGAAGUGUGUUAGCGGCGAGCAUAUGAGCGUCACCGGCUCGGUCAUCAAUGAUUCCCAUGCGGAAAUCAUCGCUCGGCGCGGCCUGAUGGACUUUUUCUACAGCCAGCUCGAUUUGCUCUGCCAGCAGACGAUGGCUGCGGCAUCGUCCGAAACGGCAGCAGCGUUGGCCGUCCACGAAUCGCUACCACCACCCGGACAGGAAAGCGAUCCCGGUGCGGCCGACCGGCAUGCACGGCAGGAAAUAAUAUUCAACAAACCCGGCGACGGUUCGAACCUGUACACGCUGAAAGAGGGCAUUUAUUUCCAUCUGUACAUCAAUACGGCGCCGUGCGGUGAUGCGCGCGUGUUUAGUCCACACGAGAACGAUAGCAUGGAUGUGGAUAAGCAUCCUAAUCGGAAAGCGCGCGGCCAGCUCCGGACAAAGGUUGAGUCGGGUGAAGGAACCAUUCCGGUGAAGAGCAGCGAUGGCAUCCAAACUUGGGACGGUGUGUUGCAGGGCCAGCGGUUACUGACCAUGUCGUGUUCGGACAAAAUCUCACGAUGGAACGUGCUCGGUUUGCAAGGUUCGCUGCUGGCAUCGAUCAUUGAGCCAAUCUAUCUGCACUCGAUCGUGCUAGGCAGUCUGCUGCAUCCGGCGCACAUGUACCGAGCUAUUUGUGGAAGGAUAGAGAGUGCCAUACAGGGGCUUCCGCCACCGUAUCGUCUAAACAAACCGAAACUAGCGCUUAUGACGUCGGCCGAAUCGCGGAAUCAAACGAAACCGCCCAAUUUUAGUAUUAACUGGAUCACGAACGGUACCGAGGUGGAGAUCGUCAACUCCUUCACCGGCAAGCUAAUUAACAACAACACCAACACGAACAAGAUGUCCCGGCUGUCGAAGCAAUCGUUCUACCAGCGCUACUCAACCGUCAUUGCCCGGCUUCCCGGCAUACCGUGCCGCGAUGUAAAGCCGACCUACUUCGAAACGAAAAUGUCCGUCGCCGAGUAUCAGCAGGCAAAGCGCGAACUCUUUGCCGCGUUCAGCAAGGAGGAUCUGGGCGAAUGGUUAAAGAAACCGAUCGAGCAGGACCAGUUUACGCUGAUCGUGGCGAAGGAGAGCGAUGGACCGCCGCCACCGUACGCUAACCAACCCCAAACAGUGCCAAUGCCAACCGACGGGACGGGCAAUCCUAUCAUCAACAACACCACCACCAUCACCACCGCCGCCGCCGUCGCCGUCACACCGUUUGCCAGCAAGCAUCAGCGCAACUAUACGUCGAUCGUCGGAGCGUAUAUCGAUAGUAGCAGUGCCGCUACUAGCACCAACACUUCCGUAGAGCGUAAUAACAAUUCUAGCAGUUCUUCAGGUAGUUAG